GCCUCCCACCCCUUCCCUCGUCUUCUUCUCUCUCUUCCCUCCUCUGCAAUAACAAGCAUCACUCAGCCACACUCUCGCUCCUUACACCUUCCUCCCUCUUUCUCUCUCUAGAAUUUUCCUCUCCAACUCAAAGUGCGAGCUGGCGGGCUUGUUUUCGGAAAAGGGUGGUGAUUUUUCCCCCCUUUCUAAUUUUGGCCUGUUCGUUGCUCUAGAUUUAUACUCACUCUCAGUUCCUCUAUGAGUAUCAGAUUGCAUCGGCUUCUCGGCGCUUUAUCUUCUUUUUUGACGGAUUUUUUUAGUUGAUGCUGUUUAAGUCCUGCGAUUUGUUUGUUAGAUUAUUUGAGGGAAACAGCUGUAUUCACAGGUUCAUGGUGCAUAUUUGUUAUUGGAGAUGUAAUUGGUGGUCACGUUAAUAUAACAAGCUAGAAACUGUUGUCUAUUUAAGAAUGGGUGCUUCUUGUUGUGUGGCUGCCAGAGAUAAAACCAUACAAAGUGGAUCAGCUAAUGAAAUUUUGCAUAGGAACAUCCGCUGCUCUCCAACAUGGAGCUUUCGCUGGGAUCAUCGAGGGCGUGUAGCUGGUGAAGAUACUUCUAUAAAUUGGUUUUCUGAUGGUAUUAGCGGGAAUGAUGGAUCAGAAAAUAAGAAUGAAUCGACAUAUGCAUCAGAGGAUGGAAGCCCUUCACAGAAUUAUCAGAGACAUAGAUGGCAGAAAUCACCAAUUUCUGAAGGAACUGCUGGACAGGCAAGGACAUCAACUUCAGAACAAUUUAUUUCAAGUAAUGCCUCCAUGGAUGCGAAUGUGGAUCAGAUGAAUGGGUUGGCAGAAUCGCUGAUAGUAUCAUGUCCAUCUCCUGCAAAACCAUCACUGUCAUUGCCCUCAACUUCACUUUCGGCAUCUCCUUUGUCACCCAGAAGUCACCUGCCUCCAUCUACUUCAACCCCAGUAAGGUGGCCGUGCCGUUCCCCAGGACACCAGCUACCAUGGCAAGGUUCUGAUAGCCAAAUGCCAGGGUUUAAGUCACCAAGUAGCAUCUCUAUAUCCGAAGAAAGGCCAGCAUUUCCUUCAUGGAGCAAUGAAUCAGGGAGGCGCUCUCGAGGGGGAUCUUCUGAUGGUUGGUCUAUACCUGGAUUUUCUGAGGUGAUGGGCAAUUCACAUAGAGAAAGAUGGUCAUUUGAUAGUGAGUCCUUUGGCUUUAAUCGUGAAAGGCUGGUUAGGUCCAGUAGCCAGAUUGUAACUUCACCUGUUGAUUUGCAAGCAUGUGGUGUAUGCUCCAAGCUUUUAUCUGAUAAGUCUUCUUGGGGCACCCAAAAGAUAAUUGCGAGUAAUGACCUUUCAAUAGUUGCCGUCCUUAUAUGUGGACAUGUCUAUCAUGCUGAAUGUUUGGAGAGCAUGACACCUGAAAUUAACAAGUAUGACCCGGUUUGCCCAAUCUGCACUUUUGGUGAGCAUCAAACUCUUAAGCUGUCAGAAAAAGCUUUGAAAGUUGCAAUGGAUUUGAAGGCUAGAAACAAGAAAUCAAGGAAUGAGGUCGUGGAUGGUGAUGUUGAUGAUGAUUCUGCUGUGUUCAAUCACUUUAGAGGGCACCGAGGUAAAGGUCCCCGGGUGGAAUCCAGCUCCAGCGGGAGAAGCUCUUCUGGGAAGCCCUUUUUAAGGCGACACUUCUCAUUUGGCUCAAAGGGUUCUUCUAGAACCUUGUUAGAUAAUCACCCUACAAGAAAAAAGGGCUUCUUUUGGGCAAGAUCUAGCAAGGAAUGAGCUGUUUCUUGGCUGUUAAGAUAUUCCACUCGUCAAUCUUCUCUGCAACCUCAGACACAGGAUUGUAGAAAGGGCAGGAUGUCAUUCAUCAAUCUCUGAUUUUUGAGCAUCUUCAUACACCGAUCUAUGAUUUCAACAGGAGUAAAGGCUGAAGUUAAUCUGUAAAGAAGAAAUGUGGAAAGCAUACAGGAGGAUUCGAUGAACAUAGUCAAGUUAGUGUCUUGAGAUCAAGGGUCUUUUUUCAUUCUGUACAGAUCAAUUUGUUUAUUGCAUGGAUAUAAUACAUAUAUCCAAAUGAUAUUUUGUUGUCUAUUAUGGAUCUGAAUGCUGAAACUGCAUGCCGUUUGCCUUUUGGGAGUUGCUGGGCAAUGGUCUUUCACAGAUUGUUAGGCGAUACCAAUUAUUUUGAUUGACUUCAAUGCUGGUUGCUUAGUGAAAGAACAAUUUCAGGGUAUUACAGAGUGUAUGAUUUUUAAUUCA